AAAAUGUCAAUAUAACCUUUAAAACAAAACAAAAAAAGGUAGAAAUGAGUUCAAUAAUAUCAUAUAAUCCUGUUGUUAAUGAUCAUACAACAAUCAAUAUGUUUAAAUCACCCAAUGAAACUAACCCGGGUUAUACAAAUAAUAACAAUAAUAAUAAUAGCAGUUCAAUGUACAAUAUAGAUUUAUUACAAUGGCAAUUGAAUACAUCAGAUAACUCAGUUAAUCAUCAGUUUAAAUCAUACCACCAUAAACACAAGAAGGAUCAUAUUCGUGAAAAUAUUCGUCGUUUAAGAGAAUUAGAAGAGCAUAUGGCAGUCAAGCGAUGUAUGGAACAAUCGAGUGCAUCAAAUGCUGCUACAGAUCGUACACAAAAUAGCCAUAAAUGUACCAAAAUUACAACAUCAUCAUCAUCAUGCCACAAUCAUUUACCACCUGUAUCGAUGAAAAAGUCUACACAUGAGACUAAAAUUAACCCACCAAAACAAUCAUCUAUUGAACAAGAUAAUCAAAAUGAUUCAUUUAAACAAAUUCAUCGUUGUUUAAGUGAUGAUACUGAUGAAAGUCAAAACACCAUUCAGUCAUCAUCAGUAGCAGAGAAUGUGCAGAAUCAAACAGUUAAAUCCACUGAAACGCAAUAUGACUUCUCAACUUCUGAUAAUCAGCUCACUUCAAUACCUUCAAAGUAUUCUUCGACACAUACACAAAUUGAUACACCUAUAAAUCGAUUAACACAAACAAUACCUAUACAUACUAUCAAUUCAGAAUACCAACAUAGCUUAACAAAACGUCCAGGACAAUAUUAUCAACGUCCACCUGUACUGCCGGUUAGCAAUAGAUCUGAUAAAAGAUAUCGAACAAUUGCUACAUCAACAACAACACAACCACAUCCAGCAAAUCGAACUGUCAGUAGAGGGGAUUAUUUACGCGCGCAUACACGUGAUGUCGAAGAUGACGUGGACUUGAAAAUACUGAGCAAUAUACCUAUUACACCAAUACACAAACAGGUGAAUUCAGUGAAAACUUCCGUACCAAAAGCGGAAUCAGCUAAAAAUGUUGAAUUCAUUCGACGUGAUAUUAAUUUUGUACGUGCUAAUGCUCAUUUAGCCUCAGUGCCAAGUUUAAAAGGUACACCAGGAAUUCGUAGAAUAUCUAGCCUGAACUCCUUAUCGACAUCGUCAUCAUCGAUAUUAAAUGACAAGGUGGUCUAUCCACAGCAUAGCAGCAGCGUUAAUGAUACAAAAAUGUCAAAAUCUGUCACAUCACAUACAACAACAACAACAAAAAUGUGGCCUGAAAGACGUUUAAAAGUUGGUGUAGUUCCACAAUAUAUUAUAAAAAUGCGACAACAAGAAGAAGAACGUAUUCAAAAUGAGUUAAAAAAUCAACCUGAUCCAGAUCAACCACCAGGACAUCAAAGAAUGCCAGAACAGGAACGUUUAGAUACAUUGGAAAUGUUGAAAAAAGCUCAUCAACAAUUAUUAGAAGAAUUUUCUCAUCUACCAAUACGUAUGGAUACGUUAAGAAUACGUUCUAGGCGAGCAGAGAUUGAAACACGUUUAAGUGAAUUAGAACAAGCUAUUGAAAUAUUUAAUAAACCAAAAGUAUUCAUUAAACCUGAUUAAGAAGAGGGAACAAAAACAACCAGAAAGAAAAAUGGAACAAUAAUCUGAAUUAUAUAUUCAUCACUUGCCUACUUAUAAAUACAAUGAAUGGCUGUAUUAAAGAAGGGAUACCAGGGAAACCAGAAGGUAACUCGUAUAUCAUCCACCCAGUUAGGUGUGUAAACCACAGUAUCAUUUCAUAAAACGCUAACGUUUGAGUAGAUUUUUGUUUGUUUCUUUGUGUGGUGUGUGUGUAAGGCUCCUCGUCAUUA